GCCGUUUCGGUUGGCUGCGCGCGGGUGGGAGAUGCGCGGGCCGCCUGAGGCGCGGGCGCCGAGCGAGGGUCGGGGCUCGGAGGGCAGCUCGGGGCUGGGGCCGGGGCCGAGCGGCUGAGGCGCCGGGCGGUCAUGGGCUCGACCAAGCCCUGGGGGGAAUGGUUCCUGAGCCUGCGGGUGCCGCCCGCCGGGGUCUUCGGGGUGGCCUUCCUCGCGCGGGUGGCCCUGGUUUUCUACGGGGUCUUCCAGGACCGGACGCUGCUCGUGCGCUACACGGACGUGGACUACCAGGUGUUCACGGACGCCGCGCGCUUCGUCACGCAGGGGCGCUCCCCGUACCUGCGGGCCACCUACCGCUACACGCCGCUGCUGGGCUGGCUGCUCACGCCCAACGUGUACCUGUGUGAGCUCUUCGGGAAGUUUCUGUUCAUCAGCGGCGACCUCCUCGCCGCCUUCCUCCUCUACCGCCUGCUGCGCCUCCGGGGGCUGGGCCGGCGCCGCGCCUGCGGCUACUGCGUCUUCUGGCUUCUCAACCCCCUGCCCAUGGCGGUGUCCAGCCGCGGCAACGCCGACUCGCUGGUGGCGGCGCUGGUGCUGGCGGCGCUGUACCUGCUGGCGAGGAGGCAGGUGGCGUGCGCCGCAGUGGCCUACGGCGUCGCGGUGCACAUGAAGAUGUACCCGGUGACCUACGUCCUCCCCAUCGCCCUGCACCUGCUCCCGGAGCGCGGCGGCGGCGGCCACCCGGGCCCCCGCCCGCGCCGCUGCUCCUUCCGGGCGCGCCUGUCCGAGUUCCUCGGGAGGCUGUGCAGCCGCGCCGUGCUGCUCUUCGUGGCGGUGGCCGGGCUCACGUUUUCCGCCCUGGGCGCCGGCUUUUACAGGAAAUACGGCUGGGAGUUUGUGGAGCACACCUACCUGUACCACCUGACGCGGCGGGACACGCGGCACAACUUCUCGCCCUACUUCUACAUGCUGUACCUGACCGCCGAGAGCCCGUGGAGCCCCUCCCUGGGCAUCGCCGCCUUCCUGCCGCAGUUCGUGUUGCUCUCGGCCGUGUCCUUCGCCUACUACAGGGACCUCGUCUUCUGUUGUUUCCUGCACACGGCCAUUUUCGUGACUUUUAACAAAGUCUGCACCUCCCAGUAUUUUCUCUGGUACCUCUGCCUGCUGCCCCUCGUGAUGCCGCUCGUGAGGAUCCCUCGGAAGCGGGCGGCGGCCCUCCUAAUGCUGUGGUUUGUAGGACAGGCCUUGUGGCUGGCGCCUGCCUACGUCCUAGAGUUCCAGGGGAAGAACACGUUUCUGUUUAUCUGGUUAGCCGGUUUGUUCUUCCUCCUUAUCAACUGUUCCAUCCUGAUUCAAAUAAUUUCCCAUUACAAGGAGGAACCCCCGGUGGAGAGAAUCAAAUACGACUGAUAGGACUCCAGUUCCUCUGCCACUUCUACUACAUUGUCAUUGCCCUGAAUGGACCAGAAGAGAGCUUUGGGACACAUUUUUGAGCAUCCUAUGCGCUCUGGUGAAGAUUCAGUUUGGAGCAUAAAACCCUGUUCCAGCGGGAAUUGAAACCAAUGGUUGCCUUAUAUAUAAAGGGGACUCAGCGGUUGAGGCAAUUACAUAGAGAUCCAGGCCUGCGCCAAGUCUUAUAACAGACGAGUUUGAAGAGUUAACAGUAAAGACAGACACACAUCCUGUUAAAUGCUCUGCGAGAGCCCACUGAGGCCACAGCAGCCCUGUGAUCUGCGAUGCGGGCAGGUGGAGGGUGUCCCUGCUCCUGUUUUAUGGUUGGAAGCGCUUCCCUAACGGAGUCUGGCAAGGUUGGCACAGAGCUGGGUGCGCUCGUGGUGAUCACACAAGGAGGCCAUUGGGCUGCAGGCGGGUCUGACUCCCCAGCGGCCCAGCGGAGCACACCCAGCCCUCAGCCUGCCAGUGGCUCAAGGUGAAGAAGUCAGAACUGAAGAACAGCCAGUCCCAGUCCCGGCUUUUCCAUGGGCUUUCCCGGAUGCUGCCACCGUGCAAGACACAGCCAGCCGGAGGCCGUCCUUGCUUCGGGUCUGCCUCUCCCCGGGCUCUGGCUGGUGGUGGGAGCAGGCCUCACCUCCUUCCAGUCCGACCUGCCCGGCUGGAGUAACUUUUUACUCAAGCCCUGAAAGUGUUUCAUGGGCCUCAGUUUACCUUUCAGCUCCAGGCACUGAGACAUUUGCUACCUUCCCUGCUUUCCUCCGGUACUGGGCAAGCGCCGGGGCCUUUCCCUGAAAGCUUUCUCUUUGUGCCUGCAGCCCGUCACUCGGGGUCCGCUCUGCUUUUGAUGACCCUUAGCCCUUCCAGACCUGUCCCGUCGGGCUCUCGCCUGUGUGUCAGCCUCAUCUUCACGCCCCCUGCCCACAGCCCUGCUGAGUUCUGCCACUCCUUCACGCCUUGGCAGGUGCCGGUACUGGGGCUAGAACACUCUUCUGGUGCCCUCGUCUCUCUCCCCAGCUCCUGCUUUGAGGCCGAUGCCCUUCAUGGAACGUUUCCGUGGGCAGCUCCUCGGCACGCAGCAUGGGGCGCCCUGGGCCGUGCUCAGCCUCUGUGUGCCUGCGCCGUCUGGACUGUGAACUCCGCGCGGACAGCGACGAUUAUCCAUUGACACCAUUUCCCUGCGCCCGCCCAGAACCAGGCAAAGACGGACAGAGCCAACUUGUCACCGGGCUGCUGGGCGUGGGCCGGCCACACGCACUCCCAGGUUUGCCAAAUUGAGUUGUGCAGCGGUCCGUCAGCGGGAGCGGAGGGCGUGCGCUCCUCCCCUCGGAGUCGGUGCGGGCAGCUGUGAAAGAGAAAAGGAGCCGUUUCCGGGUGCCCGUCCUUUCUAAAUGCCAUCGGAAGCCACCUCAUUGCCUAGGCUAGAAUCGCAUAAUCACCUCCGUUCCUCCUCCUUCACUUGCGGCCCGCCUCCCACCUCAUCCGUCACCAGCUCCUGUCAGUUCUACAUCCUGAUGUCCCUGAGCUGCCUGGCAUCUUGCCAUCGUCCUUGCGGCUUCUCUAGCUCAGGCCCUCAUCAGCGCUCCUCUGGAAUCAGUGGCUCCUGACCGGUCUUGUUCCCCAGCUCUCCCGCCCUUCACUCCUCCUCUCCAUUGUCCUCCCACUGCCGCCUGGGCGGGCGUGCCUGACGGGGCUGAUCCUGUCCCCAUCCUGAGAGCAGCCCCUGGGCGACUCUGCCUGACCUGCCAGAGUCCGAAUCUCUUCGCUUCCUCCUCGUUGCACCGGUCUCUCCCACUCGCUCUCCCUCUCGCCCACAGGAUAACACCGUUUCUGGAGAUACUCGCACCAUUGGCCUUGGCCUUGCUGUUUCUAAGCCCGCGUGGUUCUCCUGUUUUUCAAGACCUGACUCAGGGGCCCCUUCUAUCAGGACGCAGGACAGCGAGCUCAUGGAGAGAGAUGAACUAA